GCAGCCUGGGAAGGAAAAACUGCUUGAGGGAAACUGAGGAGCUUUUGCGACUGACCAGCAAGACAAGUGGACACUUUUUUUUUUUUUUUUUUUUUUUUUUGAAAUCGUCGGUUUUCAUCUUCAUUUUCUACUGGAGGGAAGCGGAGGAUUUUAAAUCGGCCUUCGCAGGGAUUAUCUUUUAAAAAUACAUGCAUUGAGCUUCAGUCACUCACGAAUUCACAUUUAAUUUGAACUGUGUGAAAUUCAGUCAGCCUUCUUCAGCGGUCGCCAUUUUCGUUUCGCUGCUCUUUUGGAAACCUUUUUCAGCGGGACUCACCUUCGGGUGGCGGCUCCUUGUGGUUGCGGCGGCUGACGGCGCCGACGUGAGUGAGAUUGUGCGCUACAGGGGGACGGAGAGGCGAAGGCGCCCGGAGAGCGUGACAUGGCUUGCCAGAUUUGUGAUUUCCGGAUUUCUGGCACAAUAGUAAAGCAAGAUAUUUGAAACGUCAUUGUUUGUGACUUCUGAGUUGCUCGACUGAGAGGUGAAGUCAAUCUGUCAAAUCCCAGACCCAGUCCUGAGGUUUUCAAUGGAACAAAGAGAGCUGGUGUGCCCUGCCCGACCCAAGGGAGGUGAGGUUGAACUUCACCCAGGUCGAAGUCAGGCCACCCCAGCUGUGCUUCCCAAGGAGCUGGGGGGUGCACAACCCACCCCAGAGAAGGGGCUCUCUAUAGCUAGGAAACACUUUGAACCUGGGGAGGGUGAUGAGUUCCUACCGCCCCGUGGGCCUCACCGCAACUCAAACCCAGGUAAUGGGAAGUGGUCGCAGGGUGAUGGGAUAGAGGAACAGGAGUUCUCCAUCAAGGAGGCAAACUUCUCAGAAGGAAGCCUUAAGCUGAAGAUACAAACCACUAAGCGAGCCAAGAAGCCCCCCAAGAACUUAGAGAACUACAUAUGCCCCCCAGAGAUCCGCAUUACGAUCAAACAGCCCUGGGAAAACAAGGUGAACAAGCAAUCAAAGAGCAGCAAAGCAGGAAAGCAAGAGGAAAAACCCAGACAGAAGAAGAUGAUGGAUGGCAAUCAUUUAGACAAAAAUGAGCACAGCUCUCAGGUUCAUGGCACGAAAACCGUAGCAAAAAUGGUUUCAUCUUUAGAAAACAGACCUGGUUCUGAACUCAUGACAAGGAUCAGUGAAGCUGGAAACACUCUCCAUGAUCUGCCAAACCUCCCUACUAAAUCACAGCAAAAGAAAGUCACUAGCAUCCCACCUUCAGGUUCUAGUGUUUCUGGAAUUUCUUGCCAGGUCACUGGGACUUCUGUUGCAAGCAUGCCACGGGCAACUCAUGCAGACAGCACUGCAGUGAUGCUUUCUCCUAUGAAUAAAGACUUUAGGGGGGUUACUGAACAAGUGUUUGGAAACCUCAAGAGGAAAUAUGGGCGAAAAGACUCUACAAGAAAUCUGCUAAACUGUAAUUCUGAUGUCCAGAAAGGAAAAAUUGUGAAAAAUGUCUCUGAAGGAGUCCCUUCUAUUCAAGAUAGUAAAGACAAAGGAGUCGGUGAGUCUGACAAAACCAAACUUCCUUCAGGGGAGACCAAGAGUGCUGUGAAAACCACAGAGAAAAAGAUGGUUCAGUUAGCACAUGCUCCUCUUCAGACAGAGGAGUCAAAAAGGCAUUCUGGGAAAAAGCAACAACAUCCAGUCUCUACAGAGGGUUCUGAAGUGACUGCAAAAACUAAUAAAGAGUCGAACGCCCCAAAGAAAUUUGAGCCAGGAACAGCACAGGUGGUAGACAAUCGCAAACAUGAACCAAAAUCUGCUGUGAAAGUGGCUAAUAUGACAGACAGAGAUGCAGACGGAUUUAGAAAAACAAGUAUGGGGAGUUUGAGAAGAAUAACAGCUUCAGACAAGCAGACAGACGCAAAACCAUGCAAACCAAAGGCUAAGGAACGGUGGGCGGCUUGGAAAAUGAAAAACUCCAGCUACACGGAUGUUCCAGAGCAUCCCUCAGCUUAUCCUAUAACCCCUUCCAGCCCACUCUAUACCAACACUGAUAGUCUGACAGUCUUCACUCCAGUGAAAAAGAGACGUGGACGGCCAAAAAAGCAACCAUUACUUACAGUAGAGACCAUUCACGAGGGCACUUUAAACAGUCCCAUAAGUCCUCCUGAAUUACCAUGCAUGCUGAAGAAAAGAAGGAAAAAGCAGAGUUUGGCUAAAUUAGUGAAGCUGGCUAAUGCUAAUAUAUCUGAGACUCAGCAGCUGAGUCAACUGAAGGUUGGUGAACUGAGCAGAAGUGCUUCAAACAAGACAAAAAUUAAGAUGAAACAUGCCUUAAAUGAAAUUUUGUCAUGUCGUAACAGCAAUCUGUUUUUAAAGUCUAUGGCUCCUAUGUCAAAUGCCAUUUCCACAGUGGCUUCAACGAUUGAGGCCCGUCUGGGUAAGCAAAUCAAUAUAAGUAAGCGAGGUACUAUUUAUAUUGGUAAAAAGAGAGGUAGAAAACCAAAACCUGAGAUUCAGGUCCCUAAAGAGCAGGAAAAACCCAAGAAGAAGAAACCUAUUGAUUGUCAAUUUGAAAACCCAGUAGUGCCUUCUAAAAUGUGGUCCCACGUUCAACAAUCUCCCAAAACUACCCAGUCACUUCCUGCCCAAGGUGUUGAAACUGGUGGAUCAGGCCGUUCAUCAUUUCUUUUUGACACAGAGACCAACAUUCAAGAGCUGAGGACAAUGGUAAAUUUUCAGUCAGCCAGUGGAUUGCUCAGGAAAACCUCAAAGAGCAAUAACUGGAAGCAUUCUCUGCCUCAACUUCUGACCAACUCACCUGCUCAUCUCUCUGAGGCAGUCUCUCUCAAAGAGAUUACAUUGUCUCCUGUCAGUGAGUCCCACAGUGAAGAGACAAUCCCUAGCGACAGUGGAAUUGGCACUGAUAACAAUAGCACAUCAGACCAAGCUGAGAAAGGAUCCAUAUCACGAAGGAGAUAUUCCUUUGAUUUUUGCAGCCUUGAACCUUCUGAAGUUGUUGCACUAGAAGCCACCAGCAAAAACAGGAGAGGGCAUUGGCAAAAGCAUAGCACUGGAGUUACCGUAGAAACUGUCCUUGCUUCUGAGAAUGUGAAAAAACAAAAGCACUGGCGCAAACGCAAGGGUCUCCAUAGGUGUAGCGAUUUCCAGUUUCAAGCUGAUUUUGAGGAACUUCUUGGCAAGUUCCCGCUGUUACGCAUUUCUCAUCACAGCUUUAACUAUUACCGUGAGAAUUUAUAUCCUGGGGCUUUCAGAAUCCAAUAUGACCACUACUACCCUGUGCCAUAUUUCCCUUACGAUCCACUACAUCAUCUUCGUAGAAGUUUCGAUGUAAAGUCUAAAAAGCGUUGUGGUAGGCCAGGCAAAAGCAAAGAGCCCAUAACAAAAACUCCUUUGUUCCAAGGGUUUGGCUACCCUGUUCCCAGUGGCAAUUUCUAUGCACCUUAUGCAAUGCCUUAUACCUCAAUGCCUAUUGCUACAGGUAUGAUGAACCUGGGCUAUUAUAGUCAAUAUCCCGCACCCUUAUAUAUUUCUCAUAACAUUGGGGCAACAGCCUCCCCUUUUUCAAGGCCAAGCACUCCAGCGCCCCAUUUCCAUUCUGGAACUCAUGUAAAAAUGACCAGCACUGGCAAACACAAAAGCAGACUUGGAUGCCAUCAGCUGUCCUCUUCUAGAAUGGAAAGUGUCCAGCAAUUGUUAGUGGUUCCCAAAGGUGGCAUUCGACUCCAUAAACACAAACACAAACACAAGCACAAACAUAACGAGGACCAGCUCUCGACUUCUCACAGGGAAGACUUGGAUGGGCUCUUCAGAAGAGUGAAGAAACCUGCUUGUCUCAGCCUUAUAAGUGAAACGCUUGGAAUGUCAGAGAAAGAACAUAAAUUACCUAAACAAAAAGUAAACCACCAGAAUUUGCAGGCCACUGACACUCUGUCAAAAAGUUCUAGAAACAUCUUUGAAGCAAAUACCCUUUCCACGUUGUCCAUGUCUGACUCACACCGCUGGAGCUUCCUUCGAGAACCAGGGCAGUCAAUGCAUGAUACAUACCGGCACUCUGAGAGUUUGCAAGUCAGACAAAAUUUAUCCUCUGGUCUGUUUGAAAGACUGCAGCCUUCUCAGGAUAGCCACUCACAUGGAAACAAUAGGAGGAAAAGGCUGGAUGGCUUUGGGCUGUGCAUGGAGGAAAACUUGCCAUUCACGAGCAGCAAGAGGAGGAUAGAGGAGACUUUCAAUUACUCGCAUCCUGUAUUAGAAGGACGCAGACCUCCUUUGAAGAAAAGAUUUAAAUGUGCAGAAGUCGAAGAGAUUCAUCAUGAAGUGCAAAACGUUUGCCCUUUCUCCAAAAUCCUUUCCACAAAGAAGAACAUGGAUCAUGUCAACAAAAUCCUGAAGGCCAAAAGGCUCCAAAGGCAGGCCAAGACAGGCAACAACAUUGUCAAGAAGCGGCGAGGAAGGCCCAGGAAACAGUCAUUGCCUACAGAAGAGGAACCACUGGCCCAGAUGCCAGUACUGGAGAAGUGUGUGGACCUCCCAGAGAAGAAGAGUCCUGACAGUAGCCUCGGUCAGCCACUGGGGCUCCUCGGAGAGGACUCCAUCCUGCAUGCAGCCCGGCCAAAGGUCAAGCCACAGCUGGCUCAGACCGAUUUGUGUUGGGCAGAAAUCCGGGAGGAGGUUCAGACCAAGCGACAGCGGAGGUCUCUGGGAAGUAAUGGGGAGAUGACCGUAGGAAAGUGGAGGAAGCAUGGCAGCUCGUGUCAUCCACAUGCCAGCAAUCCCUCGGUGCACUUUGCACUGUGAAGUCUGCCUGCACUAUAGCGUGUACUCUGUUUUUAUCCAUGUCAUGUUUGUAUGCGUCCUUAAUAGGGUUCAGGAGAAUUCAAACCACACAUUUUCGGAUAAACUCUGACAGAGGAUACAGAACACUGUGCAUUUAUUGUGAUUCUUACUUGUCAAAUUAGAGUAAACAGUGUAGUAUUAUCACCAUCAUAGUAUUCUUCAUAACUGUGGAUGUUUCACAGUAACCACAUAGCUGUACAUAGGCUGUUGUCCAUAUGGUUACAGAGUCCAUUCAUUACCGCUGCUUUUGAACAAAAACACAUUUCAGUGACAUACUGUACAUUAAUGCCAAUAGCUCAGCUGUCCCUGCCACCAUACAUGAGUAUUCUUGCACUUAACAUGUGGUACUAGAUGUUUGAUGCUAUGUCUUUCUCCACAAGAACAAAGUCUAGCUUUUGUGUUUACUAUUAAAAUCACUGUGUAGUAUUCCACCUCGAGUCUCCACGGUCCUCUUUUGCUGUUCAGGUACCCUUUUUAGAUCUGUCAUGGGAUUAUGUUUAGUUACUUUUGCCCUAAAUGUUUAAUAUUGCAUUAAAGAACAUAUGACUAAAAGUAAUUUUAAAAUCCCUCUUCAGAAGACUCAAGGGGACUGGCCUCUAUAUCAGGCUUUUAAAUAACUUCUGUAGAUUUUUAUAUCUCUUUGCAGAUGUUAGUGUGCCUUGUAGACACCCUGGUCCUUGAUGGCCAUAGACCAGCUCAGACUGAAGCCAGGCAUACUGGUUUUAUGUCUGUGUUAUUUGCUAGUUAUAUGAUUUAUAAAAUUGAUAAAUGGAAUUUAUUUUUUUUUUUUAGGUUACCCAGAGGUUAUUUUU